GGAAGUCCACGUGAGCUCCCUGAACUUGGCAGUUAGCCCGCGCGCACACCAAGUGUCCUUGCUACCGCCGCUAACACGUCCAGCAGCACUUUCUCCUCCAUCGCUUCCGUGUUGUGCUGCGGGGAGGGGAGGCGUGAGGAGCCCGACUCUUCACUCCCCCACGCCGCUCACGAGCGAUGGCGGAGCGGAUCAGACGAGGAGCGGAACCACGUUACCUGCUGCACGAGCGCAGCCGUUACUGAUGGAAUACAAUGUUGACGGCGUCUAAACUUUUCCACACGUCUGGGGAUAUUGUGACAAACGGCCGCUUGAACCCGAGGCUGCCAGACAUCUAGACCCGCUGGAUGGGAUCGUAGCGGAGAGUUUGUUCUGGUCUCGUGCUCUUCCAGGACGUCUGUCCCGUGCAGCCAUCUGCUUCAAGCGGAAAUCUGGCGCACUGUCCCGCAGUGGCUCGCAGACUGCCUCUUUAAUAUCUCACAGAGCAACCAGUCCAGGUUAACAUGGGGGCAAAGCAGAGCAGCUCUCCUGCUAAUCCAGCCGCUAACGGGCGAACCAGAGCCUACUCCGGCUCGGAUCUGCCCUCCUCCACGUCUGGCAGCAACGUCCAGAGAACCGCCGCCGCGGGGGUCAGGUUCCACGGUCACGGUGCGUCUAGAGGCUCCGGAGCCACAUCCAGCACCAGCCAGUCAGGGCUCGGUGCCGGGACCAGGUCUGUGGGGGGCUCUAGGGGUACCAGUACCAGACCUCAGUCCGGAAUCAACAUUACAAACAGCGGCGGAGCCUACAGCUCACCGGAGUCCGGAGGCAGCAGCCCGGAGGAGGCGGGCAGAGAGCGCGCAGAAGGCGGGCACGAGGCUCCGCGGCUGCUGGUGGGAUCAUUACCAGCUCACCUGUCCCCUCAUCUGUUCGCAGGGUUCAAGUGCCCCGUGUGCUCCAAGUAUGUGUCCUCAGAUGAGAUGGACCUUCACCUGGUUCUGUGUUUAACCAAACCCAGAGUCACAUACAACGAGGACGUCCUGACUAAGGAUGCAGGAGAAUGUGCGAUCUGCCUGGAGGAUCUGCAGCAAGGGGAUACCAUCGCCCGCCUGCCCUGCCUCUGCAUCUACCAUAAAGGGUUCAGGAUCCACCUAAAAACAACCAUCAUCUACACUUUCUUUGAUCCAGUUCUGGGUCACAAGGGGCAGAGCCUGUCCAUGCUGAUAAUGGCACCUGAGAUAGACUCCGCCCCCCACAUGGUCCUGAACUGGAUAAAGCAGGUGUAGUUAAUGGGUGUUGUUUACCAUCGUUAUGAGAGUCCCCUGUACCGGGUUCCACAUGGGAUCCAACAGUCCAGAUGUUUCCUGCACUUAAAGAUACU